GGCUAUCUUCACUUGGGGCUCUCUCCCCAAGCUGUGACUGUGCUAGGCAGUUAGCGCUUCUGUGGUCAGCCGCCGGUGUUUGAGGAACUUGUUUUCCUUUGAACGGCAGUUAGGCUCAACACUUGAAGGCGGUUCCUGGAAGAACAAGUGGAAGAAGGGACCGAUAGAUAGGGGAGCCGAACGAUAUGGUUCCAGCGGGUGAGCUCUUGCCCAAGGCUCAUUCAGGUUCUCCUCCGACAAAUCCGUCGCUGGUGGGCUGGUGGGAAAAAUUCAAGAGAAAGCCCGCAAUGAAGUCAGAGGGUAGAGUUCCCAUUUCCGACUGUCCCCUUGUAUCCGUAGAUAGAACAAUCUGUGGGUUCUCGGGCUUGCACUGAUUUUAUUAGUAGAGCACCCAGCAGCAAUAUUUUCCGUGCCAUUGCAUAAGAGCAUACAAUACGCCAACGUCGCAAUUUCUCUUACGGAUGCCAAAGGCGAACAGUUUAUCUAUGGCUAUGUUCCUAUAGUGGUUGCUAAGUGUGGUGUCUUUUUGAAAGAGAAAGGUUCGUCUGAUCAGAAUUUCCCCCGCCCCCCUCAAUUGUGAAUUUUUUUUCUUAAUUGUGUGCCUGCGCAGCUACCGAUGUUGAAGGAAUCUUCCGUCUGAGUGGGUCUGCAAAGAGGAUAAAGGACCUACAAACGAUUUUCGAUUCUCCAGACAGGUAUGGAAAAGGCCUGGAUUGGACUGGUUACACGGUCCAUGAUGCAGCAAAUGUUCUCCGGCGUUAUCUUAAUCAGCUUCCUGAGCCUAUAAUUCCUCUGGAAUUCUAUUCCCGGUUUCGUGAGCCAUUGAUAACCCAACCGGAGGGCGAGGAAGUUCUCUUAGCUAUUCGGUCGUACCAGUCUCUUAUCUCCCAACUUCCGCCCCUCAAUCGACAAUUGCUUCUCUACAUAUUAGACCUUUUGGCGGUUUUCGCCUCCAAAGCGGAGCAGAACCUGAUGACUGCUAGCAACCUUGCAGCCAUUUUCCAACCCGGCCUGAUAUCACAUCCCAACCACGAUAUGGCGCCUGGCCAAUACAGGUUGUCCCAGGAGGUCCUAGUGUUUCUUAUCACUCACCAGGAUCACUUUUUACUUAGCAUGCAGGGGGGCAGGGAUCAGGGUCAGGCUAGCCUAGGCGUGCCAAAUACCCCCUCGUCUCCAAGAUUUCCGGGGAAGGUGGUCGGUAGGUCACCCUCAAGUGCUAGCGCUGGGGCGGGCAAUGUGAGAAAAUAUGGUGGGGUACGCAGAAAUGUCUCGGCCACAUCUCGGAGGUCUAGUGGUAGUCCAGUUGUGGGCAGCUUUGGAGCAGCAGUAGGAGUUGGUGGUGGCAGUGGCUUGAAUCGGAGUAAUACUCUUCCCUCCAAGCGAUCUCCUGCCGUGCGACCGACGCCCUUUGCACCAGGAGACGUUUCGCCGAGCCCUAGUUCCCCACACACUCUGACGCCUGCAUCAAACGUCACAAGGUCCCCCUCUGUUGGGGAACAGAUGGGCGAAAACGUCAGCACUCCAUCUCCAGACACUGCUCCAGCUGAGCCGAAACGUGAAACUCCAAGCACGUCUUCGCCCAGAACUAACAUUUCUGGACAGGCUCCUAGGGAGCCCCCCAGAGACAUUCUAGAGACUACUCAUGUAAAGCCUCAGCCGGUCGUAACACCCACAAAGGAAAGGACAUUUCAGAAUUUCUUCUCUUUAUCCCCUGAGGGCGAUAGGCCUAGUAGGCCCACCAACAAGUUAAAAAAAAGGCGAAUUCCAGGAAGCGGUGGCAAUUCCGCUGAGUCUUCAACAACAUCUUUACCAAGUGUCGGUGGUGGACAGAAUUCCAAUGGACCUGCUCCGAUCUCCUAUGCAACGCUUGAGCCCAGUAAGCUAUUGUUCCCUCGCCCGCAAUCACCACCUCCACGCUCGCCGAAUAUAGGCAUAACUUUGCUUUCGAGCUUUCAAACCAAACAAGCCUCUGUGGGUAAUCCACCUUUGGCCCUAAUGCCUGCAAUGUCACCUACACCAUCAGCAACUUCAAGUGUGACCAGUCAUAGCAGCACUCCUUCCCAGUUAGACACGGCUACAAAUCCUGCUAGUUCGCCGGGAAAGACGGGGCGGCACCGGCGCCUGUCGAAUCCACAGUUUGAGAACCCACCCGUCAGCUCAACUUCCCCAAACAGCGGUGGGUCCAGCGGCGGUCUCCUGGAGAGGAUAAGGAGGGCCUCUCGGAGUCCGCCGGCCCGCCGGAGAAGUGUUAGUGGAGAGGCCUCCCGCCCCGUUGAAGAGGGCAGCCAUGCAAAGGCGCCCAAGAAUAUUUUCGGAUGGCCGCAGAGGAGCACCGAUGAACGAAAGCAGCACCCCGGGCGUGAGAGGGAAAAGGAGAGAGGGGAAGAAAAAAAGAAGGAGAGACAGAAAACAGAAAGACAGGUGGCUCCUCAAAUAGAACAAUUCAUACAUCCCAAGAAUGCUCCCGCGCAGCCUUAUACGCCUAGCUCGCCUUUGGUCCAACCUCCUACCCCAUUAUCUCAGCAUCCGCUAGAUAUGCCUUCACCCAUGUCUCCGCUACAAGGGAAGGGAGCUUCGCCCCCCGCGGUCGACGGCCCCACUGGGCAGCCGCGGAAACCCACAUUGUCAGCCGGGUCCGGGCAGGGUUCGGAAGAGACGAUCCGAGGCGUGAGGCCCAAGGAGGGCUCGGCACGAGUAUCAGUGCCGGGAGAAUCAAUUGAACCAGAGGGCCGGGCCCCAUAUCAGCUCGCAGAGGCAAGGGUGCCAGAGCAGCCCGAGCCCAAGGUUUAA